AUGAGAGAUCUGGCUGUGACUAGUGAUUAUUGGGGUAAGAGCAUACAGCAACAGAAAUUCAGAACUGGUGACAUGUAUGGGGAAAUUCGGGACAAUGGCAUUCCAGUCGAUUGGAGGAAAAGUUUCUUCCAUAACUUUGCUAGGCCUCGCGCAUGUUUUGUCCUGUGGCUUGCUUUGAGGAACCGGUUACCCACGAAGGAUAGACUUGAGAAAAUCCAAGUGAUAACCGAUGGUUUAUGUAGCUUUUGUGGCCAAACUGAAAGUAUAAAUCAUCUAUUCUUUACCUGCAGGUAUACUCAUGGUAUUUGGCAAAAACUUCUCACGUGGCUUGGAUACAAUAGGACUAGUGGAGACUGGACACAAGAAAGUAGAUGGUUCAGUCUGGAAACAAAUAAGAAGGGAUGGAAGAGAAAGCUGCUCAAAAUGACUAUGGCAGAGUUGAUAUACCAUGUAUGGCAAGAACGAAAUGGUCUGAUUUUCAACAAGCAACCUAUGGGGGAUGAUCCUGUCAAACAAAUUCAAUAUUUAGUGGUUAACCGAGCAUACCAUAGGAAAGAGCUUAAGGGCCAUGUGAAAUUAGAUACUUUGAAUAUUUGCUAA